AUGGCGAAACUUUAUCACUCCAUCUCAAGAGAACGAAAAUACUGGGAUAAAAAACUCUGCGCUUCUCAAGAGGAGUGGAACUCUCGAAUUCAACGCUCUACAACCGUUUAUGUGGGAAAUCUCGCUUUUACUACACCAGAAGAGCGCAUUCACGAGAUAUUCUCACAUGCCGGACGUAUCAAUCGCAUCGUUUUAGGUCUAAACAGCAUUGAAAAAAACCCUUGUGGUUUCGCAUUUGUUGUAUAUGACACUGUCGCCGCUGCGAGACGAUCUAUAGGAUUGUUCAAGGGUUCCAUAAUAGACGGGCGAAUAAUAAGGGUAGAUGCCGACACGGGCGACAAUAUAGAUACCGAUCGCAAACUUGCUCGGGGAAUAAACGGUUAUCAGUGGCGUGACGUUUUUCGCAAAGAGUUCGAUACCAACCGUGGUGGCCAGGGGCUUGGCAUCGAAACUUCUUCCCUUGCAUAUCAAGAUUUCGUUAUACCUACCCCUCCAACUAGUGCUCUAGGGCGUCGUAGUGUGGAUUCCGUCAACGCAACUGAUCCUAGGAAUAAGAGAUAG